UUUGAAGGUAAUGGUCAAAUAGCAUACCGCAACUGCACGUGGUCGUAAAGUGAAAUUGUCUGCAUAUAUUAUUGAAGCCAUCAUUAAAUAAUUUUGAAAUGGGUAAAGUUAAACAAGAACCAGUGGACCAAGAAGAGCAAGGUGACGUUAGUAUUAAAAAUGAGCCGCAAAGUUAUGACGAUAAGGUGGAACACUGCAGUAUUAUUGCUAAACCGAUGGCGUCCAAAAAGCUCAGUAAGAAAAUAUACAAACUAAUCAAAAAAUCUAGUGGACAUAAAAAUUAUAUCAGAAACGGUUUGAAAAUUGUACAAAAACAGCUACGUUUAGGGGAAAAAGGGAUUGUGGUGUUUGCGGGUGACAUAUCUCCAAUUGAAAUUAUGUGUCACUUACCAGCGGUCUGUGAAGAAAAAGAUGUUCCAUACUGUUACACACCAAGUCGUAAAGACAUUGGUGCAGCGAUGGGCACAAUGAGAGGAUGCAUCAUGGUCCUUGUCAAAGAACAUGAUGAAUACAAAGACUUGUUUGAUGAAGUACGGGGUGAAAUAAAACUGCUCGGACAUCCAUUAUAAAUAUAGCUUAGAUAUAGGACAGAUUUAACUAUUGUAAGAACUGCAAAUGUUCAUAACUAUAUCAUGACUAACUUAUUUGAAUUCAGUCAGUGAUAUGAUUUCUAGGCUUCUACUCCAACAUGGGAUAGUCUGCCAGAUACAUGUUAUUCUUUGAUAAAUAUUAAGUGAAACCAGAUAAGUUAAUAAUAUAAGACUAGAAUUAAAAUCUUUAUUAAUUUUAAGAUAUUUUUUUUCCAUAUAAAGACUAAGGGAAAUAAUACUGUUAAUAUAACUCUUUAUUUGAAAAAAAAAAAGGUUUUCUAUAAUACUAAUAAAUGAUUAAAUGUAAACACAAACAGUCCAGUUUGAUACAUGAUAAAGUAAAAUAGCAUUGAAUUAUUGAACAUUUUUGUAAGUUUUAAUAUAAUUGGUAACAUGAUAUACUUUAAACCUGUUUUCUUAAUAACAUUCCUAAUCCAAUAGAGUUCCCUCUUAAGCCAUUUUAGUGUUUAACAUUAUUACUUUUUAAAUCAAGGUACAAACGUAAGUUGUAAUUUUUUUUGAAAUAUAAGAUAUCAAGUUCAUAAUUUUUCUACAAUUUGAGCAUUUACAUAUUGAAUUAAUUGAAUGAGAAGAUGAUGGUAUGGCAUAUGACAAGGAUUAAAAUAAAAAAAGUUUCGAUUACACAUACAUUUAUUAAACUUAUUAAAAUCUAAGGGUACGUAAAAAAUGGCAGAUUGUCUUACUGACAGUGAAGAUUGGCAAAAUACUUUAGGUACUUUAAUUAUGCACUAGAAUACUAGGGCGUCUAAGCUAGCUAAUACUAAAUUAGCUUCAGAAUAGAUUUCAGUAGAUAAUCUUUGUAUAACUACACUAAAUUCUAGUGCUCUUGUCUCUGUAUAUUCUUAAGGUAUUUUAAGAUCAUUUCUGAUCUUACAACUUUAUAACGCUCUACUGAAAUCUACCUGUUAUUAAUCUAUACUAGUAAUUGAAGCAAUAUUUUUAUAUCUCCUAGGUGAAACCACAUAUUGCUAAUAAAAAGUAAAUAUGUGUAUCCUAAUGUAUGCUUUCAUUGGUUUAUGGAUAUCAUAAAAAAAAAAUAUUAAUAAAAAUACUCAAUUUAAUUUUGAAUGAUAAAUAAUAUAUAUCUAAUCCACGAGAAAGUUUUAUUAGCAUCCCUAUUCUUAAAAUAAAUGGCAUGUUAAAUUUUCGCGGCAUAUUUCAACUGUCAAAAAUAAAAAUUGUCAUUUUAAAUAUAAGGUUAGGAGCUAACUAUGCAAUGGCUUAUUUUAUUGAUCAACUGUAGUUUAUAUACUGAUUAUAAAUGAAUAUAGUUUUCAACGCUAUGGUAAUAAUUGCUACGACAUUGAAAUACAUGGUUACCUCUAGGAGAACCUAAAGAAUAACCCUGAUUUUAGUGCACUGUCAAGUACAAUGAGAUCAUACUUUUUAUAAUAAAGUGUAGGAAAAUA